AAGUCGCUCGGCGGAGAGAGGCAGGGGUGAGGAUGAGGAUGAUGAUGAUGAUGAAGAUGGCGUCUCUGGCGGUUUGACACAGGAGAUCUCGCAAACAGCCACCGAAAAAAGGCAUCCGGAAAAAAAGAAAAGAAAAAGGGAUCACCGUGGCGGAGGAAACUUGACACGCACGGAGCGUGGGCUUUUUCUUCUUCUUCCUCUUCCUCCUCCUCUUCAUCAUCCCCGCUGACGGAUUGAGUGACAGGGGCGUGCGUGGCGUGUGCACGCGCACUAACCGCCUUCUCCUGCGCCCUCAUCAUGCAGCCUGCGUGACCCCCCGACGGAGGGAAGGAGUUCCACUUGACAGCAGGUAUAACCCCCCCCCCCCGCCCCCAGCAAAUGCCCUUUUACAUCCGCAGCCCCCGUGACUGGCGUGUAUGCACCACCGGAGCGCAAAUAUGAUGAAUGCGGGCGCAAAGUGUAUUGCAGCGGUCGUCAUGCAGCUGUGUGCGUGCAGCAGUCGUCGUUUGUCUUGGCUCUCGGCUUGUGCGCUCCCUCAUCUCUUCUUGCACUGUGAUGGUGCUCGAUGCUCCUCUUGAAAGAAAGGGAAAAAAAAAAAAACACAAAAAAACGAGGGGGGCGGGAGGAGGAGGCAUUAACCCCCCUAAGCAGGAGGAGGAGGAAUUUACCCCCCUAAGCAGGAGGAGGAGGAAUUUACCCCCCUAAGCAGAAGCAAGAGGCAUCCUCCCCCCCUGCCCCGUUGUCCAGCAGUCUUGACAUCCCAGCCAGAGCGGAGUUGUAAACACGCCCCCCCCCCCCCCCAACCCCAGCAUAAAUAAAUCGGAUUUCCAUUUUCCCACCAAAGCGUCGCCGCUGCUCUCCUUCUUCUCCAGGAUGGGGGGAGUCAGCGAGGGCGACGACGUGCUGGCAAGAUGGAGUGACGGGCUCCUCUACCUGGGCAACGUGAAGAGAGUAGACGGUGUCAAGCAGUGCUGUCUGGUCAGGUUCGAGGACAACUCGGAGUUCUGGGUCCUGAAGAAAGACAUCCAUUCCUUCGCAGGCGGAGUGGACGAAGUUUGCUGUGUUUGCGAGGCUCCGCCCCUUAAAGAACCCCUCAUAAAUUGUCUGAAAUGUCGCCACGGUUAUCAUCCCGAGUGCCACACGCCCACCAUCGAGCCGGAAGCCGACAGCGAUUCCUGGAUAUGUCGCCAGUGUGUCUUUGCGGUCGCCACCAAGAGAGGCGGCGCCAUGAAGCGUGGACGCUUUGCCCGCCUCAUGCAGUUCAUGAAACUGAGGCUCCCCUACCAGCUGACGUCGCUGGACUGGGACACGCAUCAUCUGUCCAAUCAGCAGCAGUGUUACUGCUACUGUGCCGGACCCGGAGAGUGGAACCUAAAGAUGCUGCAGUGUGGAAGCUGCGGUCAGUGGUUCCACGAGGCCUGUACUCAGUGUCUGACCAAGCCUCUACUGUACGGGGACAGGUUUUAUCAAUUCCAGUGCUCAGUGUGUGCAAAGGGACCAGAGACGGUCAAAAGACUACCUAUGACCUGGGUGGAUCUGGCUCACUUGGUGCUCUACCAUCUCUCCCUGUGCUGCAAGAGAAAGUACUUUGAUUUUGACCAUGAAAUCCUGUCCUUCACCAACGAGAACUGGGACUCGUUGCUCCUGGGCGCGCUCUCUGACACACCCAGACAAGACCGCUGUCACAGCCUCCUCAACGCGCUCAACUCCCACAAGGACAGGUUCGUCUCUGGGAAGGAGAUCAAGAAGAAGAAGUGUCUUUUCGGGCUUCAGGUACGAGCCCCGCCACCGCUGACGUCGGACUCGUCGCCGCUCAUCACCGAGCCGCCAAUCAACAUAUCGCACCGCAGAAGGUCAGACCCGCUGUCGCUACCCUGCCAGAGGAGGUCGAGUGGACCAGAAUCGCGUAAAUCAAAGCGUCGCAUCAUGGAGACACAGGCUUGUCCGCCCCCGGUUUCUUCCAACCCCAUUGAGCUGCUGCCCUGUUGCCAUGGCUACGUGGAAGGGGAUGGCCUAUACACCCCUGAGAAGUCAGAGGAGGAGCUGAACCUGAGCUCUCCCCCAAAGCGGAGGUAUGCUCUGUACCACACCACUUACAACGGAAACAGUACACUUUCCAGGGAUCUCCAUCACUAUAACAGCAUGGAGGACACCUGCAGAUUACCUCCCCCCUGCUUCCUGUACCCCCUCAACUCCGAUGAUGGUCUCCACCACCAGCACCUGCACCAUCACAGCCACCAGCACCAGCCGGGACACAAGCAGCUGGAGCCCAUCUACCUUCGGGACCUGCCCCCUUACCAGGCACCUGCGGGCGGAGGCGGCGUGACGGGAGGAGGCGGGACUGGCGUCAGCGUGGGUGACAGUGGGUCAAUGGCCCGGAGCUGGGGCGGAGGGGAGGCGGUGAGGAUCUUGGCAAGACGGGUGACACCGGACGGGAAGGUGCAGUACCUUGUGGAGUGGGACAACGUGAGCUUGUGCAGAGCGUGAAGAAGACUCGCUGACUGUUUUGUAGUAUUAGAGUGGCGCCAAUGUUUGAGAAACAAACACAUUGAAAAAACCAAGAAAAAAAACCACGCGUUGCAAAUCCAGGUUGCUCCUUUAGUCUCAUCUCAAACCCACAUUCUUAUAGCCUCACACCUCCUCAGUAAAUAUUCCUCUUGCUGUUGUUUCUCUGAUAUUUGUACUGUUGACUUUCGAAUAUGCCUUUGCAUCUGCCAUGUUUUAAAAUGAGAAGAUGCAUUUAAACCACCAGUUGGUUACUAGUGGAGAAAUGGUCUAGGGCUGCACGAUUAUUCGACAUAGAGAUUUUGAUUAGUGCGAUUACAUAACUGCAAGAUGCAAA